AUGCAUCUCUCUUCUCAGAAUCGCUCAUUCUAUAAUUGUCUCGUUCAAUUUACCAAUCGAAAAAGCCUACACGAAGGCAGGGCUCUCCACGCUCAGAUCAUAAAAACUUCUUCUACUACUUGCAUUUAUCUUGCUAAUUGUGUUGUUAAUUUUUAUGCCAAGUGUGGCUGUUUAUCUAAAGCCAAGCUCGUGUUCGAUCGAAUACAUAACAAAGACGUGGUAUCAUGGAACUGCCUCAUAAACGCCUACUCGCAACAGGGCCGCACAGGCUCCUCCUUCGUCAUGGAACUUCUUCAGCGCAUGAGAGCUGGGAAUACCCUCCCAAAUACCCACACUUUUUCCGGUGUUUUCACUGCCGCUUCAAACUUGCCUAGCACUUUUAGUGGCGAACAGGCUCACGCUCUCGCUGUAAAAAUGUCGUGUUUUUAUGAUGUUUUUGUUGGGAGUUCUCUCCUUAAUAUGUACUGUAAAGCCGGUAUGAUGUUGGAGGCACGUAAAGUGUUUGAUAAAAUGCCUCAGAGGAACGAGGUUACAUGGGCUACUAUGAUUUCUGGAUAUGCAUUACAACGGCGUGCUUCAGAGGCUUUUGAGAUUUUUGAAUUAAUGCGUGGAGAGGUGGAGGAUUUGAAUGAGUUUGCUUUUACUAGUGUGCUUAGUGGUUUGGCUGUUCCUGAACUUGUUGAUGGUGGCAAACAGAUACACUGCCUGGCAGUUAAAAACGGGCUUUUAGAGUUCGUCUCCAUUUUAAACGCACUUGUUACAAUGUAUGCGAAAUGUGGGAGAUUGGAUGAUUCUGUUCAAGUGUUUGAGAUGUCAAGCGAUAAGAAUUCUAUCACAUGGUCAGCUAUGAUCACUGGUUAUGCUCAAAGUGGGGAUUCUCACAAGGCUGCAAAGCUCUUUUCUAAAAUGCAUUUUGCUGGGAUUAGUCCUAGCGAGUUUACCCUUGUGGGUGUUCUUAAUGCAUGCAGUGAUACUUGUGCUAUUGAAGAAGGAAAGCAAGUGCAUUGCUAUUUAUUGAAGUUGGGAUUUGAGUCCCAGAUGUUUAUAAUGACAGCUUUGGUUGACAUGUACGCAAAAAGUGGUUGUACAGCAGAUGCUCGGAAAGGGUUCAAUUAUUUACAAGAACCUGAUCUUGUUCUAUGGACAUCCAUGAUCGCAGGGCAUGUACAAAAUGGGGAGAACGAAGAUGCUUUAAGCUUGUAUUGCAGAAUGCAGAUGGAAGGUAUUUUGCCUAAUGAGCUAACGAUGGCUAGUGUUUUAAAAGCUUGCUCAAACCUUGCUGCUUUGGAUCAAGGAAUGCAAAUUCAUGCCCGUACGAUUAAGUAUGGUCUUGGCGUUGAAGUUACAAUUGGAAGUGCUCUUUCAAAUAUGUAUGCAAAAUGUGGCAGUCUAGAAGAAGCAAGCCUUGUGUUUACGAGGAUGCCAGAGAGAGAUACAAUUUCAUGGAAUGCAAUGAUAUCUGGACUUUCUCAAAACGGCAAUGGUGAGGAAGCUUUAGAACUAUUUGACAGAAUGCGACAAGAAGACACGAAGCCAGAUGACGUGACAUUUGUGAAUGUUCUAUCUGCUUGUAGCCAUAUGGGGUUUGUGGAGAGAGGCUGGGCAUACUUUAGGAUGAUGAUUGAUGAUUUCGGUAUAAUUCCUAAAGUAGAUCAUUAUGCCUGCAUGGUUGAUGUCCUAAGUCGUGCAGGGAAGCUCAAUGAGGCCAAAGAAUUUAUUGAAACGUCAACCACAGAUCAUGGCAUGUGUUUAUGGCGAAUUUUAUUAAGUGCCUGUAGAAACUACCGUAAUUACGAGUUGGGAGCAUAUGCAGGUGAGAAACUUAUGGAAUUGGGCUCACAAGAAUCAUCUGCAUACGUGUUAUUAUCGAGUAUUUAUACAGUCUUGGGCAGGCCGGAAGAUGUGGAACGAAUCAGGAGCAUGAUGAGAGUUCGAGGAGUGAGCAAGGAGCCCGGGUGUAGUUGGAUUGAACUCAAGAGUCAUGUUCAUGUGUUUGUUGUUGGUGACCAGUUGCAUCCCACAAUUGGAGAUAUAAGAACAGAAAUACAACGUUUGAGUAAACAAAUGAAGGAAGAAGACGACCAACCUGCUUACUUUUGUGACUUUAUGUUGAUGUAGUAGAAUAAUCCACUUUAAUCUUUUGCAAGAAACGAGUAACUUUCAAUAUGCAACAGAUUUUUACCCA